UCAAAACCAUGGGCGGGGGAAUGAAAAGCCAAAAUCUCACAUCUGCACACACACACAAACACAAAUAUAUAUAUAUAUGUUGUGUUAAAAUAUGUAUGUAGUAGUGAAAUUGAAAUCCCUUUGAUUUUCCCUCUAAAACGCUAAACCGAGUUUACCACCAACUUCCCAGCAAGGCGCCAACUGCAUGACCGGGGAGCGAGAGAAGACGCCGCCGGAUGGCGUCCGGUGCCGGAGGAGUGACGGGAAACAGUGGCGGUGCCGCGGGCUGAGGGUUGGGGAUCAGCCCUACUGCGAGAGGCAUCGGUAUUUGCUUUCUAGUACCGGCAAGAAUUCUAAAAGGAAGGCCUUUGCUUCUGCCCGUGCUACUAGGGUUGUGGGAAAGGGGCCUCCUAAAGGCGGUGGAAGAUGUGUAGGUGAGGAGAAAAGGGGUGUGAUUCAGGAGAAGAGGUUGCGGAGUAAGGAGAAGGAUGGUAAGAAUGUGAAGAAUUUAGAUGGGGAUGAGGGAGGGGAGGAAGUUGAUACGGAGUCAGAGGAUGGGGAUAUAGUAGGUGUAGUGAAAACGGGGAAUACGAAGGGGUUGAGGACGAGGACAGAAGUGGCAGGGUCCAGUGUUGCGGGGAAUGAGAGUGGAGAGGAUGUGGAAGAGGAGAAGAGGCUGGAGUCAGUACAAAGAAGUGGUGCAGCAAGAAAGGAGGAAUCAGACUUUUCUGAGGAGGAUGGGAGCGGUAUUGAUGGCAGUUCAGAAUCUUCAGAUGAGGGUGAUGAUGUUCUUGCGGUGAAACUUGGUAAAAAAGAUGGAAAGGCUGGGGCUUUGCUGAAGAAAAAGGGCGGCGUAUUGCGGGGGAAGAAAAUGCAAGUGAAAAGGGAAGAAGAAAAAAGUGAAGAAGAUGACUUUGGGUUUCAAGUGGUGAAGAAACGGGCGAAGAACAAUGUGAUGGAGUCCGGUAAAGAGGAGAUUAAGAGUAAAGGCAUAAAAGUGCGGGAGAAGACAAUCCUGCUGAUGAAGAAAACUGAAAACGAAGAGAGUCAUUCUGAUGGUGAUUCAGAAAUUGAAUUGACGGAUAGACAAGUGAAGACACCUGGGAGAACUGUCACUCUUGGGUCGGUUUUAUAUAGGAAGAAGGGCGAAGAUCAUAGAACACAAGAAAAAAAGAUAGUUCACAGUAAGAGAGCUGGAACAGAUGAACAUAGUUCUGAUGAUGGCUCAUGGUACAAUCUAAGGAAAAGAAAAUCUCCACAACCGAUGGAUGGACCAGGAGUUCUCACCAAACGGAAGUAUACCAGUGAUGAUCCCAGUGACCCUUAUCAGAUGUGUCAUCAAUGCAUGAGGAGUGAUAGGAAAGUUGUGAGGUGCAGCCAAUGCCGCCGUAGGCGCUACUGUUUUCCUUGCAUUGAGGCGUGGUAUCCUGAACUAUCAGAAGAAGCUCUAACGGAGGCGUGCCCAUGUUGUCGUCAAAAUUGCAACUGUAAAGCUUGUUUACAAAGAGUUAAUCUUCUUGAGAGUGAGUUUUCUGGUGAUCCAAAAGAUAACAGAGAAAAGAUACGCUUCUUUAAGUAUCUCCUUAGUUUCCUCCUGCCUUUUCUUGAAGAUUUUAAUCAUGAUCAGAUCACGGAAAAAGAUAUUGAAGCUAAGAUUCGUGGAUCAGCUCUAUCAGAUCUAAAGAUAGAGAAAAUUGACUUUUCUCCUAAUGAGCGUGUAUAUUGCAAUAGCUGCAGGACCUCUAUAGUUGAUUUUCAUCGAAGUUGUCCGAAAUGUUCGUAUGAUCUCUGCAUCACUUGCUGCAAGGAGAUUCGAGAAGGCUGUUUGAGAGGGUGUGACCAGGAGGUAGUAAUCCAGUAUAUUGAUAGAGGUGAACACUACUUACAUGGAACAGAACCUUCUGUGACUUCCAAAAGGGGAAGAAAUUUAAUUUCAUCCAGUAAGUCGAAUUGUAGCACUGAGGAGAUGCCAUUGCCUGAGUGGAAAGUGACAGAAUUAGGUGAGAUUCCUUGUCCGCCAGAGGAAAGGGGUGGGUGUGGACAUGGUAAGUUGGAGCUCAAGUGUUUUUUUGGUGAAAGCUGGGUGUCAGAGUUGAAGGAGAAGGCUGAAAAUUUAGUUGUUGCCUGUGGACCUGCUGAAGUAUCUCAUAUUUCUGGUCGAUGUCCUUGUUCGGAAUCUAAUGACGGUGGUAGUGUUUGGGAUGGGCAACUGCGCAAGGCUUCCUACCGAAGUUCUGGUGACAAUGACUUGUACUGUCCUUUGGCAAGUGAAAUCCAGCCAGGGAAACUGGAGCACUUCCAGAGACAUUGGAUUAUGGGAGAGCCAAUUGUUGUACGUGAUGUUCUCAAACUCACAUCUGGAUUGAGUUGGGAUCCAAUGGUAAUGUGGCGUGCAUUCCGUAAGAUUUCAAUUAAAAGGGGUUCCUCUGACUUGAUGGUGACAGCAGUAGAUUGCCUUGACUCAUGUGAGGUUGAUAUAAAUAUACGGAAAUUUUUUACGGGUUACUCAGACGGUCGCAACUAUAAAAACUCCUGGCCUGAAAUGCUUAAGUUGAAGGAUUGGCCGCCAUCCACCUUAUUUGAGAAGCGAUUGCCACGCCAUGGAGCAGAAUUUCUUAGUGCCUUGCCCUAUAAAGAGUAUACACACCCACGUUCUGGAAUUCUGAAUUUGGCUUCAAAAUUGUCAACUGAAAUGCUGAAACCGGACCUUGGGCCUAAAACAUAUAUAGCAUAUGGAUUUGCUGAAGAGCUUGGACGUGGGGAUUCUGUAACUAAGCUUCACUGUGAUAUUUCAGAUGCGGUGAAUAUUUUGUUGCACACUGCUGAUGUGGCUCCUGAGAAACGUGAACUUUCAAAAAUUGAAAAAUUAAAGGAAAAGCACGUGAUACAAGAUCAGAGAGAACUUUUCUGUAAUGCCAAUGCAAAUCACAAAGAGACCGGGAUAGCCAUGCAGGAAUCUAAUGCCUGCCUGAACUUGGAGUCUCCAGGCUCAUCGCCUGUUGAAGUAUUGCUUCCUGUUGCUGCUGCUGCUAAAGGUAGAAAUGAACAAUCUCAGUCUUCUGGUGACCAGAGUACAAAUGCUAAAACUAAGGUGAAUGAUGAUGAGCCCAAGGUGGAAGAUACUGACUCUUUGCUCAUAAACGUUGAAGACAGCCUUUUGCUUGAUAACAAUAUUAAGGAAUCAAAUGCAGCUUCUGGAUUGGCAUCUCAGAAUAAGGAUGGCAGUGAUGUGAUGGUUGGAAUUGUGAAGAGGACAAAGGGCAAUAGAUGCGGUAGAAAUAAAAAAUUAAGUAAUGCAUUGAAUGGGAAGUCAGCACAUAUUGCAACUGGCUCACAAAAGCUUCAAGAAGUGAGGAAUGCAGAGGAAAUCAACAUUGGGGCAGAAAAAGUAGAGGGAGGUGCCAUUUGGGAUAUUUUCCGUCGGGAAGAUGUCCGUAAGCUUGAGGAAUAUCUUAGAAGACACCAUAAAGAAUUCAGGCAUAUCCAUGGUUGUCCGGUGGAGCAGGUUGUACACCCAAUUCAUGAUCAGAGUUUGUACUUGACCUCUUAUCAUAAAGCAAAACUCAAGGAGGAAUUUGGAGUUGAACCAUGGACCUUUGUGCAAAAACUUGGAGAGGCUGUUUUCAUUUCUGCUGGAUGUCCUCAUCAAGUCAGAAAUCUUAAGUCUUGUAUAAAAGUUGCUCUUGACUUUGUUUCCCCGGAAAAUCUUGGAGAGUGCAUUCGCUUGACUGAGGGGUUUCGUACUCUUCCCCAAAACCACAGAGCUAAGGAGGACAAAUUGGAGGUGAAGAAGAUGGCUAUAUAUGCAUUACAAGAUGCUGUUUCUCAUCUCAAGGAUCUAAUCUUAUCUGCAGAACAAGAAGCUGACAACCAGAUUUGUGGAACCAUGCAAUCGGAGCCAAACUCAGGUCAACAACCGGAAGAUCCUCACUUACGAUGAAUUUAUCAAGGUCAACACGUAUCAUAAGCCUAAUCAUAUUUUGUUCAGACUAAUUAGGUCCUGCCUCAGGCUUGUAGACGACGACCAUUUUGAACUCUGUCGCCAGUAAUCAUGUGUCCUGGUAACACUUCUACUCACCAAUAUAGUCUAGUUGGCCCUGCAACACUUGAUCUUGAGAAUUAAUCUGUUGGUAGUUCUUUUUUGCUGUUAUAUUUUGCGGUUUAAACUUCUCUUCUGGCCCUCUAGCCCAGUGAUUUUUUUGUGUAAAUCUUGUUAAUAUGCAAACACUGUGGCCGUGGCCAUCUUGUACAGCAGUAAGUAGAAUUAACUGUGCAACUGUGGUUAUUAAUCAAUUCGUGUCUAUAUUUAU